AUGUCUUAUACAAGAAAAAGUAUCUUUGCAUGUGCGCCGGCCACUACCCGUGGACAGGCUGUCCAGUUGGGCUCGGACCCGAAAGGUCAAAAUUUCCUUUACACGAACGGCAAGAGUGUUAUUAUCCGCAACAUAGCUAACCCGGAAAUUGCAACCGAGUAUACUCAGCAUUCGGCACCAACAACUGUGGCGCGAUAUUCACCAAGUGGAUAUUACAUAGCUUCUGGCGACGUACACGGCAACGUUCGUAUUUGGGAUACAAUACAAGCAGAACAAAUUUUAAAAAACGAAGUCAAAGUCAUUGCUGGAAGGAUUAAUGAUAUUGCUUGGGAUUCCGAAAGCAAAAGAAUUAUUGCAGUUGGCGAUGGUAAAGAACGUCACGGACACGCGUUUAUGUUUGAUACUGGAUCAUCCGCCGGGGAAAUAAGUAGUCAUUUUAAAGUGAUAAAUAGCGUUAGCAUUCGUCAGCAACGCCCAUUCCGCGCUGCUACUGGAUCUGAUGACUUUACUGUCGUGUUUUAUCACGGGGCACCAUACAAGUAUAACCUUACCAUCAAGGAUCAUACUGGAUUUGUUCAAAGUGUAAAAUUUUCUCCGGAUGGAGAGAAGUUGGUGACAGCUGGUUCAGACAAAAAAAUAUUUUUGUACGAAGGAAAGACAGGCAGUAAAUUGACAGAUCUUUCGGAAGCCGCUGGUGAGAACGCACACAGUGGCGGUGUGUAUGCGGUUUCAUGGUCACCCGAUAGCAAGCAAUUAUUGACAUCUUCUGGUGACAAGACUGCCAAAAUCUGGGAUAUUGAAACUCAGAAAGUUGUCCAAACUUUUGAAUUUUCUGAAUCCGUUGACGAUCUACAAAUUGGCAAUUUAUGGCAAGGAGAACACCUAAUAAGCCUGUCUUUAUCUGGAGACAUAAAUUAUUUGUCGCAGAAUUCACCUUCUCCUGUGAGAGUAGUUAAGUACAAUUUGUCUUUAAUUGUGAUACACAUGUGUGGACCGGUGAAGAAGGAAGAUAAGAUGAUUUCCAUUGGAAUGGAUGAUACAUUGAGAAUAGUUGAUGUUGAGUCAAAGUCAUUUAGAUCAUCCAUAGUUCCAACUGGUUCUCUGCCUAAAAGUUUGGCGGCGUCAAAAGACGGAAAAAUUUUCCUUGCCACAUUGAAAGACGUACAGAUUAUCAAGGAUGAGAGAAGCGUUUAUAGUGUUUCAGUGCCUUCUCCUCCUGGUGCCAUUGCUCUCAAUCCUGCCGGCACAGAAAUUGUAGUUGGAUGCGAAGAUACAAAGGUUCGAAUUUAUAAAGUAAAAGGAGAUGAACUUGAGGAGGAAAAUGAACAGUUAACAGGCAAUAAAGGAGCAAUCACGGCUAUUACUUAUUCCCCUGACGGAUCCUUGCUCGCUGUAGGGGACUCUCAAGGAAAAAUACUUGCAUACGAUGCUAAAAGCAAAAAGAACAAAGAUUUUUAUUGGAACCUUCACAAUGCAAGAAUUAAUUCUAUCGCUUGGUCGCCAGAUAGUCUUCAUGCAGUAAGCGGUUCGUUGGACACCAACAUUUACAUUUGGAGUGUCGAAAAGCCGAUGAAAAGUAUUGCUAUCAAAGGUGCUCACCAAAUUAAUGUCAAUGGCGUGAGCUUUCGGGACAAUAACACAGUAGUGUCAGUGGGUCAAGACGCAUGUGUAAAAUCUUGGACAAUUCAACAUCACUAA